GGCGAAGCUGGAAGGCGGCAGUGUCGACCGGAUGGCGAAGCUGGAAGGCGGCAGCGUCGACGAGACGAUGGGGGAGUGGCACGGGCGGGGCGUCGGCACCAGGCCGUUCGACGCCCUCACCGUCGCCGGCCUCCGCAUCGACGCCAUCGAGCCCGGCCGCGCCCUCUUCUCCUUCACCGUCCCUCCUCGCCUCACGAACACACGGAAGCACAUGCAUGGAGGCGCAGUGGCAUCCCUGGUAGACCUGGUGGGGUCGGCGGUGAUCUUCGCCGGCGGAUCACCGACGACAGGGGUCUCCCUGGAAAUCACCGUCUCCUACCUCAACGCCAUGCGUGCAAAUGAGGAAAUCGAGAUCGAGGCGAAGGUGCUAAGCAUCGGAAAGACAACAGGAUGUGUGACAGUGGAGGUGAGGAGGAAGUCCACCAGAGAGGUGCUCGCGCACGGACGGCACACCAAGUAUCUCGCCACGAUCGCUAGUAAAUUGUGA